GGAAAAAACCAGCGACCCAGUACAUCACAACCCAUGGUGGCCGAGAGGAACUCUGCAAUGCCGGAUGUCGAUUGGCAGAAUCGCAUGUACACCCUCGUCUCUCGGUUGAACGCAGGCAUAACGCUGGUGAAUGAUCGAUUGGCCGUGUUAGAGGAGUACAUUCUCCGGGCCUACAAGAAUGGCUAA